AUGGCUCCAUCCUCCAUCCAAAUAAUUUUGACAAGUUGGAAUUAUGAUUCCAUUUAUGCUUCAAUUUUCUCUGAAAAAUGUAUGGAACGUGCUAAGUUUACUUCCUUCGAUUUCUGCUGCAUGUAUGGCUCUGCCCUCCUUCCAAAUAAUCUUGACAAGAUUUUCAUGAUAGAUUACUUUAUUGGUGUGCAAAAUCCUCAACAAUGGCACACCGAGAAUCAAUAUGCAUCAUGGAUGGUGCACCUUGGUAGACAGAUUAUCAAUGUUGGCGUACACUUCAAUCCAUUUGUUGAUCACAGUGAUAAGAUGUUCAAGUGCGACAAAUGCACGAUUUUAUUCAGGACAUUCUAG